AUUCAUAAACUAACCACAUUCUCUUUGAGACCAACGCGAUUGUUAUACUAUAUUGUAUUUUGCGAGUAAUAUUUAUAUAAAUAUUUUCCUAAGAUUAAUUAUGACAUCCACACCAGAACUUAUGACGAUCGGGGAAAUGAUAGAUUCGGCAUUUGGAGAUCCAGAAAAAAAUGUCGUGCAUCAUAAACUAAUUCAAGCUAUAUUGUAUCUCUUAGCAAGACAACUCAGAAUGCUGGACCGAAGAGUGAAAAUAGAAUUGUUUGCCAAUGCGGACUUCUAUUCAUCUGAAUCUAGUAUUGUCGUUUCUGAAGUCAAAAUACACGCUAAUGUUAAAAAGAAGCGAUCGAAAGCUUCCCAGAGUUUACACAAAACUGGCCCAGGAGGUGUCAGCGGUAUGAUCGGUGGUGGUGGACCCGGUACCAGUGGAAGCCGACUUGGUGGUGGCGGAGGCGGUGGUGGUGGCCGUGGUGGUCAUGGUGGCGCUGGUGGUCAUGGUGGCGGCGGUGGUCAUGGUGGCGGCGGUGGUCAUGGUGGCGUUGGUGGUAGUAGCCAUGGUGGAGGUGGCGGUGGUCAUGGUGGCGGCGGUGGUCAUGGUGGCGUUGGUGGUAGUAGCCAUGGUGGAGGUGGUGGUGGGCAUGGUGGCGGCGGUGGUGGCACUGGCGGUGGUACUGGUGGUGGCCCUGGCGGUGGUACUGGUGGUGGCCAUGGUGGCGGUGGUGGUGGCCAUGGUGGAGGCGGCGGUAGUAGUGUCGGCAUUGCUGGUAUUGGUGGCCGCAGUGGCGUAGGCGGUGGUGGUGCUAGUGGUGGUGGUGGAAGUGGUAGCGGAGGUGGCGGUGGUAGAGAUGGUGGCGGCGGUGGUGGCGCCGGUGGUGGUGGUGGUGGCAGUGGUGGAGAUCGUAGUGGCGGCAGUGGUGGAGGUGGUGGUGGUGUUGGAGGUGCCGGUAUUGGUGGCCGCAGUGUCGAUCGUGGGGCUGAUAGUGCUGGUGGUGGCGGUGGUGGAGGUGGUGGAGGUGGUGGUAUCGGUGGCGGUGGUACUGAUGGAGGUAGUGCUGAUAGAAAAAGUAAAACAAGCCAUGUCGGGGGUAAUGUGGAAAGAAGUCGUAGUAGAAGUGCAUCUCGACAAGGCAAAGGAGGAACUGAAGAAAAAGGUACAGGCAAAACUUCAACAACAAGCGACGCUAGAAAGCAAAAACAUAGCUCAUCAGGAGAUUCUACUGAUGGCCAGUCAGAGGUAUCUAUGAAAUCUCUUGGAAGAUCAUCUUCUGAAGACGUCUCUAUAGAAAAAUCUUCCACCGGAAAGUCGUAUUCGCAAAAGUCAUCUACAGAAAAAUCGUCGUUGGACAAGUCUUCCACCGGAAAGACUAGUUCGGACAAGUCUUCAACAGAAAAAACUACUACGGAUAAGACUUCAACGGAAAAAUCUUCUACAGAAAAGUCUUCCACAGAAAAGUCUUCCACGGAAAAAUCUUCAACAGAAAAGUCUUCUACAGAAAAGUCUUCUACAGAAAAGUCUUCUACAGAAAAGUCUUCUACAGAUAAGUCUUCUACAGAUAAGUCUUCUACAGAUAAGUCUUCAACAGAAAAGUCAUCCUCAGAUAAAACGACUACCCAAAUAUCUACGAGCGAAAAAUCUAAAUCUACAACAGAUAAGUUAUCAACCGAUAAAACUCUAACUGAAUCAUCACUUACUGAUAAAACUACUACUUCUACGGACAAAAUAACUUCUUCCGACAAAACCACAACUGAAAUAAGUACCACUGAAAGAACAACUACUUCAGAUAAAAGUUGCACGCCGUCUACUCAAAAGUCGUCUACUGAGAAGUCUACAGAUAAAAGUAGUACUCAGAAAUCUUCCACUGAUAAAUCUUCUACUGACAAAUCAUUACCUACGGACAAAAGCUCUACUGAUAAAUCGUCAGGGGAUAAAAGUUCUCCAGAAAAAUCUACGGAUAAAAGCUCCACAGAUAAGUCGUCAACAGUUAAAAGUUCAACUGAAAAAUCGUCUACGGACAAAACUUCUACUGAUAAGUCGUCGACAAUUAAAAGUUCCACAGAAAAAUCAUCUACGGAAAAAAGCACAACAAAGUCUUCUAAAUCAGAUAAAACAUCGACUUCAGAUGAAACAACAUCCGAAUCUUCUUCCGAUAAAACAUCCUCAGAGUCUUCUUCAGAAAAAUCUACUUCAGGAAGGAAAACCACUUCAUCUUCUGACAAAAAAACCACUUCAUCUUCCGACAAAAAAACCACUUCAUCUUCAGACAAGAAAAGUGCAUCUGCAAAAACCACUGCAUCGGAUAAAAAAUCCAAGUCUGGCAAGCAGAAAUCGCCCCGACUCCGACGCGGGCAUUCGAUAUUCGAAAUGGAACGGGAACAAGAACUCCGAAUUAUUCGUCAGAGAGCCGAUUCUCAAGAAGAACAGGACAAAUCUCCAACUCCAAUGGCUUCCAUGGAUUCUGUAGAAGUCCAGUAUGAAAAACUACUUGUUAUUGAAAGAGUCCCGAGUGAAGAAGCUAGAGCUCGUACAGGUCGACUACAAGGUGAAGUCCGCGGAGCUACUCCUCGCUUAUCGAUAGUAACACAAGAAGAAUUUUCCAAACUUGCAUCAGUGGUUAAGAAAUUGCAAGAGAAAUUUGAUCCAAUAGGGGCUGCUGAUUUUCCUGAAAACUUACAGCUUAUGCAGGAGCUCCGUAAAGGUGCAUCUUUAACAGAUGCUAUGGCAGCUUUGCAGCUUUCAGCACGCUUGGAAGCAGCGGAAAAGGCUCUACAGCGUAUGACAGGGAUAGUAACUGAACUUGCCAGUAAUUACCCAGACGUAGACCUGAGUGAUAUUACACAAGGGAUGGAACCAACGACGGAGGUGUUAUACAGGGGCCAAGAUCCUCUUGGACCAUCUUCUCAAGUACCAGCCGCAAUAUCAAAAACGGCUGCCUUUAAACAACCUUCCCCGAAGGCUACGAAAUCCAAAACUGGGGCGACAAAACCAGCAGCUUCUACAAUGGAUGCAACAUUCGCAAUGGAUACUAUUUCUUUAGCGCCUACAGAAGCCGGGGAAAUAAGGGCUACUGCAAUGGAAGCUGAAGAAGAAAAAGAUAACCCAAAUUGGAUUACCGUUCUUGAAUUAGACACCGCAUUGCAAGAAGUAUACGACAAUGUGUUAAAUUCAUUAAAUGUUGUAAUUACUAAGAAUAAACAAAAUGCCGAUACAGCACUUAAAACUGCUAACAGAUUAGAAACCAAAUUAAAUGCCGCAAUGGAGCUUGGUAAUCGAAUGGAAGAUCUUGAGAGCUUAGUAGCAACGUACACAGAACAAAUUAAUAUUUUAGACGCAGGGCUCUCAUCACAGAUGACGAAUUAUCAAGAGCAAUUAACUCAAAUGCAACACGAACUUGAAACAGGGCUAGAAAAUAUGGCGGAAGCGUUAGCCAACACUGGAGGUGACACUGCAGCUGUGGCAGAAUUAAAUGGCCAUUUCACCAAUUUGCAACUGGACUUUGAAACGACAAAUACAAGGCAAAACGAAUUGCAAGAAAUACAAGCGGCCUUAAAAAUUGAUCUAGAAGACUUAAGGAAGGAAAUAGAAUUUCUCCGAGGAACAAAAUCCGAUCGUGAUGAAGUAGCAGAUGCCUUGCGGGACAAAGUGGGGCUCGGAGUCCUGAACGGCCUUGUAUCUUUGGAGCAGUUUGACGCUGUCAGGGGUGAUUUGGAACAGAGAAUACUCGCUGCUUACGAUAAAUUUAACAACCAAGAAAAUAUCUGGCAGAAAGCGAUUGACGAUCUUUUGAGAGAACUUAGUGAAAAAGCAGACUGGACUCAAGUAACGUUUUUGCGGGAUGAUAUCCAAAUGAAUAUUGAAAAGUUAAGAAAGAAACUAAAGGACAUGCUGGAUAUUGUUGGCGAGCCACAGGCAGCUGCGGUUGCGAGAAAGUUGCACAGAGACGCGAACUGUUUAUCUUGCAGUACUCCCGCGUAUAUGCAUUUGACGCAACCCGACACGAUCCCGUUACUGCCGGCCAUGCCAGGAGUGAGGCCGCCCACUCUGGGAGCUGAAUCUCCUAAGGUUGAAGAAGCUAAGCUUAAGGAAGGAGUAUGUUAUCCUGGUUUGCCUGUUACACAUCCUAUAGAUCCGAGAGGACACAUUUGCAACCGAUAUUGCGGGGGUUCCCAUACCAAAAUAUCUACUACGAUAAGCAGAGUCCCUCCUAGCAUGACGAUCAACCCAGCGGGCGUGAAACUUGAAGAGAAAAUUGUACGGAAGCCGUGCAUACCUUGCAAUGUGAAGCCCAAACCGCCAAAAGAAAAUCCACGUAAACAGUCGGAGAGACAAAGUAUGAAGGAAGAUGACAUACCAAUGACCGACUCGGAUAUGACUCCAAUUGAUUUUCGCAUACCGGCCGUAGGCCAAGGAGAAAAAGGAGAUGUCAACGAGACGCCACCAUUCGCCGAAGAUUAAUCAAUGUACCCUAGAUAAUGUUGUUAUAUUAAUUAUGUUAUAUUUUAUUAAAAUAUUUUUUAUUGUUAUAAAA